AUGGAGGCCACGGGCCUGCCGAAGAGCAGCUCCGUCGGGGGCAGCGCCGUCUUCGUCUCCGUGCGCGUGGACAGCCAGGCGUGCGGCAAGUCGCCCUCGGUGAGCCCGACGCCGUCCGCGAGGUGGAGCUACCGGGAGGAGCUGCGGUGUCCGCCGGGCGCUUCGAGCCUCAUCCUCGAGGUGAAGCGAGCGGGCCUGACCGGGUCCCACUACGUGGGCGGUUGCUCCAUCCAGAUCAGCGACAUCAGCGUGAUGGACAACGAGGUGCUGCCGCUGUUCGACGCCUCCGCCAGGGAGGUCGGCCAGCUGCGCGUGUCCAUCCAGCGCCUGGGCGGCCCCGCGGGCCACGCGCCCAGCGGCGGCCUGGCGAACCAGGCCGGCGGCGCCUUCGCGCGGGCCGGGACCGGCUCGGUGCUCGGCGGCGGCGCGCCGUCGCCAGCAGGCGCCUUCGCUGGGAGGUCCGGAACGGGCUCGAUGCUUGGCGGUCCUGGGCCGUCGGCGCUUCCAGGUGGCCUCACCAACAUGGCGGGGCUGCAUAACGAGGCCGCGGGCGGGUCCUCCUUCCACCCGUCGGCGAGCUCCUCGUACCGGGCCGGCGCCUCGUUCCAAGACGUGCCGGGCGAGACCUUGGAUGGGCGGUCGCGGUCCCGCGCGAACACCCUUGGUGGCCGCGGCCAGGGAGAGGACCCCGGGGAUGCCUUCUCCGAGCGCGGGUCCAUGUCGGUGCCCACCGCCUCGUUUGGCGGCCUGGUCAACCACGCCGCGGAGAACCGCCCCUGGCCACCGCCACGGCCUCCGAGAGCAUGCCUGGCGCCUGGGGCGGCAGCCGGCUGA